AAAAAAGGAAAAAAAAGGCGUGUGAAGAGUCGAAGACAAAUGGCCCAUUAGACCACGAAAAUGAACAAAGCUCGUCGGUAGCUUGCUGCCUCAGUAGACCAUCCCAACACCAGCCCGGAAUUAUUGUCCGUCUCAGUUCUAACACGGUAGUUCGUUCCAAUUCUCCAUUGCCGCCGGUGAAAUUUACUGUUCUAAUUGCAAUUAGCAGCGAGUAACUAAUUGGGCGAGUCGCGUUGAUCCACCAAGGCGAUUUGCUUCCGCCAUUGAAGCCGGCGUUGGUCACUGCCGGCAGCUAAAAGGAAGGGAGCCAUGGAUCCGGCAAAUACACCACUGGGCAAGAUGCUGCUGGAAGAGAUCACUCCGGUUAUCAUGGUGCUGAAUACCCCACUCGUGGAAGAAGCCUGCCUGAAGAAUGGUCUCUCAUUCAUCCAGAUGCUCGGCCCUUUCUGCUCGUUUAACAACAUUGAUGUGCCCGUACGCACCGCAAGUGAUCAGCCUUACAGAAUUAAGAAAUUCAGUUCACGGUUGUUUUACGGUUCGGACAUUCGUCAACCGAAUUUAGAGGCUUCAAAAGAGAGGUUAAAACAAGUCAUUACACAAGCCAGCGAGAAAGAUCUUUCUGAAUUAUGCUCCGAUCCACCUCAAAUUAAGGAUGUAGUUGACUGUUUUGAGUCUGCAAUUCUACCUUCAUGGUUUCAGUUGUUUAACAAAGAGCUUAUACGCAAUAUAUCCUUUUCAGAACACGAAGCUUUUGAUCAUCCUGUGGCAUGUCUUUUGGUUGUCUCUUCAAGCGAUGAUCAACCUAUCAACAAAUUUGUUGACCUAUUUAAUACAAGCAAAUUGCCCUCUCUCCUAAAUGAUGGUGCCAUGGACCCUAAGAUUAUGAAGCACUAUUUGUUGUUGCACGAUAAUCAAGAUGGCUCCUCAGAGAAGGCAAGUAAAAUACUAACUGAAAUGAGGAGUACGUUUGGUUCAAAUGACUGCCAGUUAGUUUGCAUCAAUUCUUCUCUUGAUGGACACAUUGAACGGCAAGAUGAUCCUUGGGGUUUGUUAAAGCCCGAUGCUUCAAUUGGUAAGCAACUUGGCUGCUUUCUUAGCAACGAGGAUCUAAUUGAGAUCAGAGAGUUAAUGCAAGAGUUGUCGUCAAAACAUAUCAUUCCCUACAUGGAGCAAAAAAUACGAGCAUUAAACCAACAGGUGUCUGCCACAAGGAAAGGUUUCAGAAAUCAGAUAAAAAACUUAUGGUGGAGAAAGGGGAAAGACGACACAGUAGAUUCUCCAAGUGGCCCUACGUAUACCUAUAGCUCCAUCGAGUCUCAGAUUAGAGUAUUGGGUGAUUAUGCCUUCAUGUUGCGGGAUUAUGAACUUGCAUUGUCCAAUUAUCGCCUGAUUUCUACUGAUUACAAACUUGAUAAAGCUUGGAAACGCUAUGCUGGUGUCCAGGAGAUGAUGGGGCUUGCGUACUUUCUACUGGAUCAAUCAAGAAAGGAAGCUGAGUAUUGCAUGGAAAAUGCCUUCAAUACUUAUUUGAAAAUGGGCCCAUCUGGUCACCUAAAUGCAACACGCUGUGGUCUCUGGUCAGCAGAGAUGUUGAAGGCAAGAGAACAGUACAGAGAGGCUGCUGCUGUGUAUUUCCGUAUUUGUAAUGAGGAACCUUUACAUUCAGCUGUCAUGCUUGAGCAAGCAUCUUAUUGUUACCUGUUAUCCAAACCUCCUUUGAUACGCAAAUAUGGAUUUCAUCUUGUUCUCUCUGGUGAUCAUUACAAGAGAAUGGACCAAAUUAACCAUGCAAUUCGGACAUAUAGAAAUGCAAUUGCCGUUUUUAAAGGAACUGAGUGGAGCCACAUCAAAGAUCAUGUACAUUUCCACAUUGGACAGUGGUAUGCCUCUCUUGGUCUAUAUGAUGUUGCUGUUACUCAAAUGUUGGAAAUUCUUGACUGUAAUCAUCAAUCAAAGGCAACACAGGAAUUGUUCCUGAAGGAUUUUCUGAAAAUUAUUCAGAAAGCAGGAAAGACAGUCAAGGUGUUAAAACUACCAUUGCCCAAGAUCAACAUUUCAUCAUUAAAGGUUAUCUUUGAAGAUCAUCGAACUUAUGCAUCACCUACGGCUGCUAAUGUUCGAGAAAGUUUAUGGCGCUCGUUAGAGGAAGACAUGAUUCCAUCACUGUCCUCUGGGAGGACAAAUUGGUUGGAAUUACAGUCAAAGAUUAUGUCGAAAAAGUAUAAAGAAUCAAGUAUUUGUGUUGCAGGAGAACCAGUGGAAGUAGAUAUUGUAUUUAAAAACCCUCUUCAGAUCCCUAUUUCCAUCUCUAGCGUUUCCCUGAUAUGUGAUCUUUCUUCAAAAUCUGAUGAAACUGAAUCUGGUACAAAUAACAUAAUUGGUGGUUUCCAGAAUAAUACCGAACUCAAGUGGUCAUCUGAUUGGGAUAUGGGAUCUGACAAUCCUUCAUAUACUUUGUCUGAAGUUCACCUGUCAUUAAACGAGAAUGAAGAAAAAGUUGUGCAAUUGACAGUUACUCCCAAAAUAGAAGGCAUCCUACAAGUUGUUGGUAUUAGGUGGAAACUGUCAGACUCUGUCAUGGGUUUUCACAGUUUUAUUGACAAUAUAGGACAGAAGAAUAUGGCUAAGGGGAGACAGAAAACUAAGCAUUCACUUGCUGAUAAUUUGAAGUUUAUAGUGAUCAAGAGUCUACCAAAGCUUGAAGGUAGCAUUUUGUCACUUCCUAAAGUGGCAUAUGCCGGGGAUUUACAGCGCCUUGUUCUUGAACUGAAAAAUCAGUCUAAGUUUUCUGUAAAGAAUUUGAAAAUGAAGAUCAGUCAAUCACGAUUCUUGAAAAUCGGGAACCAAGAACAUACAAAUACAGACUUUCCUGCUUGCUUGGAGAAGCCUAAUAAUAGUGAACAGGGAGUACGCCCUAUCCCCAAUACAACAUCAAAUGACACAUUUUUGUUUCCUCGGGACACUACAAUUCAAGGUGGAACACCCUUGUUGUUGCCCCUUUGGCUUCGAGCUGCUGUUCCUGGAAAUAUAUCCUUGUGCAUAAGCAUAUAUUAUGAGAUGGAAGAUGUAUCAAAUAUCAUGAGAUAUCGGAUUCUACGCAUGCAUUACAGUAUUCAGGUUUUGCCAUCCUUGGAUUUGUCAUUCCAAAUCAAUCCAUGUCCAUCAAGAUUGCAUGAGUUUCUUGUCCGAAUGGAUAUUAUCAACAAGACUAGCUCUGAGGUUUUCCAGAUUCACCAGUUGUCAUCCAUUGGACAGAGCUGGGAACUUUCGUUACUUCAACCUGUUGAUACUAUUUGUCCUUCACGGGCUUUAAUGCCUAGUCAAGCAUUGUCGUGUUUCUUCGUUCUUAAGAAUAUUAACAAAUCGUUCAGUUCUGAGAAAAAAGUAUCUUCUGUCCCGGUGCUGCUUGGAAGUGAUCUAAAGUUGGGUCCUCAGAAUAGUGAUGAACAACUCUUUGAUAUGGCUAGUUUUCCCCUGGCCGCUUUCCAUCAUUCAGAAAGAGUGUACCAAGGAACUUCAAACCAGGACCUUAAUCCCGUGGACUUUAUAUUGAUCACUCGGCCACUUAGAAGUACUACUGAUCCUGGAAUUUCUGAAUCAUCACGUCUAUUCUCUCAUCAUGUGUGCCAUUGUAGCACUUCAAGCAACAGUCCUAUAUGGUGGCUACUUGAAGGACCUCGGAGUUCAUAUCACAACUUCUCUACUUCUUUCAGUGAAAUCAAUUUCAAAAUGACAAUCUACAACUCUUCAGACUCAAUUGCAUCCAUACGCAUUAAAACAAAUGAUUCAACAUCAUCGAGUGAAGGUAAUGAAACUGUUCCGCAAUCGCCCAACUCUGCAAACCAAACAGGAUGGCACUAUGCCUCACUCACACAGGACAUUAAGGUCACAUCUGAUGUUUUGGGAACACAAAUAGGAAAGUCAUCUUCACUUGAAAGUGUCUCCCCAUUUAUCUGGUCUGGAACAAGCUCAACAACAGUACAAAUUGAACCCAAGUCCAUGGCUGAAGCUUCUCUUCAGAUCUGUAUAUUUUCUCCUGGGAUAUAUGAUCUCUCAAGCUACAUUUUACAGUGGGAACUUUUACCAUCGCCGGGUUCAGGAAACGUUGAAACUACCGUGUCAUCAGGAACAUGCCGUGGCUAUCCAUACUAUCUUACUGUCCUUCAAUCUACUUGAGAAAUUUCAAAAUCAUGUAUGCAGGCCCUGUUUCCAUUCAUUUUUGGCUUUAGGAGUGUUUACAUAGCAUUGUUAUAAUUUUCCUUGUGAAUUAUAUUCAUAUCAAAAGCAUUUUUGAUGGGGGGUAGGAAGCUUAAUCAAGUUUAUCUAGGUUACAUAAAUUCUUUCUUGGUGUUGGUGUAAUAAGGGGGAACUAGAAACUACAAUGGCUUUUUCACCCCUGUCCCUGUAUACAAACUUACAUUUUGGAUUAGAGAAACUUGAGUUCCAAGUUAUAGGAA